UUCGGACACGGUGGCGAUCAAAGAUGACCCCCCCCCGCCCCCCCGCCCGCGGAAAGAAAGGAAAAACAAGCUAGGGAAGACCGUUGGCAACCUGGAGAGUAGAGAGCGAGGCGGGUGGGCGGGGCUAGGAGGAUCCGCCCAGGCCAAUCGGUGGCGCCGGGGAGGGUGACGUCGCGGCCAAUGGACAGCCAGCGCGGGACUUUCAAUUAUUGCCCCGCCCAAUCGGAGAGAGACGGUGCCUAUAAAGACCGCUGCGGCGGGCCGGGGCCCCGUUACUCUCCCAGCCGCUUCGCCAUGGCUCGUACGAAACAGACCGCCCGCAAGUCGACCGGCGGCAAGGCCCCGCGCAAGCAGCUGGCCACCAAGGCGGCCCGCAAGAGCGCGCCGGCCACGGGCGGCGUCAAGAAGCCGCACCGCUACCGGCCGGGCACGGUGGCCCUGCGCGAGAUCCGGCGCUACCAGAAGUCCACGGAGCUGCUGAUCCGCAAGCUGCCGUUCCAGCGGCUGGUGCGCGAGAUCGCGCAGGACUUCAAGACGGACCUGCGCUUCCAGAGCUCGGCCGUCAUGGCGCUGCAGGAGGCGAGCGAGGCCUACCUGGUGGGGCUCUUCGAGGACACCAACCUGUGCGCCAUCCACGCCAAGCGCGUCACCAUCAUGCCCAAGGACAUCCAGCUGGCGCGCCGCAUCCGCGGGGAGCGGGCUUGAGUGAGCGCUCGGCUCGAGGUUCCAUCCUAUCCAAAGGCUCUUUUCAGAGCCACCCACGACGGCACUCGGAAGUAGCUGUGCCACUUCACCUCCGCCUCCUGCCCCGGGAGGGUGGGGCGGUAGGGCCGUGGGGCUCCCUACAGGUAGCGCGGAGACCGUGGGUCGGAUCCCGGGCGCCGCGUCGGCGGCCAGGACCGCCUGCCAGGCGGCCGCGUGCGCGCGCGCAACUCGCCCUGCUCCCGGGGCCUUUUUCUGGGGCGUCUUGGAAGUUCCCCGCCGGGGCUCGGGGGUGUUAAGCCGUCCGCGCAGGAGAUGAAGGACUUGCGGGCUCGCGAGCGGGCCGGGGCGGCGAGGAAUCGAUAGGGGACGCUCGGGACUAGGCGCCCGCGCCCCCCGCGCCCCCGCCGGAAGUGACUCCGAGGAGAUCUGGGCGGUGGGGGGAGGGAGAAUCGGUCUCGGGCUCGCCUGAUCUCUGUCGCGACAAGUUCGGGAUUCCUCCAGCUUCGCUUGCGCGUCGGG